UCGAACAAGUAGCUGAAAGUGGGAAACGGUAGUCUCUGCAAUCAUAACAUUUCAGAACUAUAGUUGAGUAUCAUUGACUGGUUCGACUUUCAACAAUUUGGCACCCCUCCAAUUUACACCUACGUCAUUACCCCGGACCGCAGCAUUCAAUUGCCAUGGCCCAAUCCAACACCCCGCUCUACAUCGGUUUCGACCUUUCCACCCAACAACUCAAGGGUCUGGUCGUCAACUCCGACCUGAAGGUCGUUUACGUAUCCAAGUUUGACUUCGAUGCCGAUUCGCGCGGUUUUCCGAUCAAAAAGGGGGUUCUCACCAAUGAGGCCGAGCAUGAAGUCUUUGCACCCGUCGCGCUAUGGCUGCAAGCCCUCGACGGGGUGUUGAAUGGUUUGCGUCAGCAAGGGUUGGAUUUCCGCAGGGUGAAGGGUAUCAGUGGUGCCGGCCAGCAGCAUGGGAGCGUCUACUGGGGCGAGAACGCGGAGAAGCUGCUGAAGAGUCUGGAUGCGAAGCAGACGCUGGAAGAACAGCUGGAAGGGGCAUUCUCGCAUCCCUUCAGCCCCAAUUGGCAGGACUCGAGUACGCAGAAGGAGUGCGAUGAGUUUGAUGCAUACCUGGGUGGACAGGAGGAGCUGGCUGCUGCGACGGGAAGUAAAGCGCAUCAUCGAUUCACCGGGCCUCAGAUCUUGCGGUUUCAGCACAAGUACCCCGAGGUGUACAAAAAGACUUCGCGGAUCUCCCUAGUAUCCUCAUUUUUGGCGUCACUGUUCCUGGGUCACAUUGCACCGUUUGAUAUCUCCGAUGUCUGUGGUAUGAACUUGUGGAACAUCAAGAAGGGAGCCUACGAUGAGAAACUCCUGCAGUUGUGUGCGGGACCUUCCGGGGUGGAGGAUUUGAAGCGCAAGUUGGGAGAUGUCCCCGAAGAUGGAGGCAUUCGUCUUGGGACCAUCGACCGAUACUAUGUUGAGCGCUACGGGUUCAGUCCGGACUGCACCAUCAUCCCGGCCACAGGUGAUAACCCGGCUACGAUUCUAGCGCUUCCCCUGCGUCCGUCUGACGCGAUGGUCUCGCUUGGAACCUCAACUACCUUCCUUAUGUCCACGCCCAGCUACAAGCCCGACCCUGCUACUCAUUUCUUCAAUCACCCGACCACUCCCGGCUUGUACAUGUUUAUGCUGUGCUACAAGAAUGGUGGACUCGCCCGAGAGCAUGUCCGCGAUGCCAUCAAUGAGAAACUAGGAGAGGCCACUGCUUCAACGUGGGAGCAUUUCGACAAGAUCACGCUCGAAACCCCGGCCAUGGGCCAGAAAUCCGAUUCGGAUCCCAUGAAGCUGGGCCUCUUCUUUCCACGCCCCGAGAUCGUGCCGAAUCUCCGUGCGGGACAGUGGCGUUUUGACUAUGAUCUGAAGAGUGGCCGCCUACACCAGACAGAUGAGGGUUGGAAUAAGCCUCUGGAUGAGGCUCGCGCGAUCGUCGAGAGCCAGAUGCUCUCUCUGCGCUUGCGGUCCCGCGGAUUGACUCAGAGUCCCGGUGGAGGCCUCCCUGCUCAGCCGCGUCGUGUAUAUCUGGUAGGUGGAGGAUCGAAGAACAAGGCCAUCGCUCAGGUAGCCGGAGAAAUCCUUGGUGGUAGUGAUGGAGUAUACAAGCUCGAGAUUGGUGACAAUGCAUGUGCGCUGGGAGCUGCGUACAAAGCGGUAUGGGCCUUGGAAAGAACAGAUGGGCAGACUUUUGAGGAUCUCAUUGGGCAGCGGUGGAAAGAGGAAGAUUUCAUCGAGAAGAUUGCGGACGGAUAUCAGCCCGGCGUGUAUGAGCGAUAUGGCCAGGCGGUGGAGGCAUUCGAGAAGAUGGAGCAGGAGGUUUUGCGGCAAGAAGGGAAGAACUGAAGUGAUCGACAGAGUAAUAAUGUCUAGUAUGAGGAAUGAAUACCUAAGUAGGACCAUAGAAUAGA